ACUAAGAGAGGAGAGAGAGAGAGGAGAGAGAGGGAGUGACAAAAGAAGAGGGAGGAGGAUAAAAUCGGAACGUUCGAAUACAUGUGUACGAUGGUUGGAUGCUUGAUUGGAGAGCGCCCGUAUGUGUGCGUGUGCAAAAAGGAGAGCGACGCGUGAAAGUGAGAGAGAACGCAUGUCGGAGUAUACGUGAAAAAGAGAGACGUCGCAGUGUGCUCCCGCGCGCGCGCGCGCUCGGCGCUCGGACGGCGGAGGGGGAGGAGAGCAAGACGGAGCGCGCACAACAUUCCCGCGGAAUCUGACACGCAGUAGUCCGCGAGCGGUUUUCGGCCCGAAUGUCGGCUCGUCGCGAAUCACGAUCGGCGUAGCUAUCGGCGCAAGCAGGAGCACGAGAGAUUGACGCUACGUUCGUAAUUUUUACCGUGGCGUGAUGUUACUUAAACAGAUGCUGGAUCCGAGCGUGCUAACGGACCUGGAGGAGCUGACGCUUUGCGGUUGCUGCAAGCAGAAGUACAAUGACGCGGAGCAAUGUCCCAAGUAUCUCAGCUGUAAGCACUACUUCUGUCUGCGCUGCAUCGAGAGCAAUCUACUGAAGGGGCGAGAUCUGUUUUGCGCCCACUGUUGGAAGAAGACAGACUUGGGCGAUCAAGGUCCGGACGCUCUACCGACUCAUUCUCCUCUACUUGCCCUGGCCAAUAAUCUGUCACGCCUCAAAAUCACGACGAACAACACAUCCGGCAAACCCGGUGACAAGGAGAGGAAGAGCGAGAACUGUCACACACACGGGAUGCCGCUGGCAUUAUGGUGUGCGACAUGUUGCACGGCGCUUUGUAGAGCGUGCGCGACUCCGCAAGAACACCCGGGUCAUCAGAUUAAAUCGCAAAUCGAUGCCAAAGAACAACUCAUUACCGACGUUCAAUUGGAGUUAGUCGCCGUGGGCAAACUGUCGACCGAGAUUCAAAGACUGGCUGUGCAGCAACGCGAGUUUCUGAUAAAGGUACUGGAGGCAUGCGUAACGUUGAAGACGCACGUGGAGACGGAUCUGCAAAACGGUUGGAGCCACUUUCCCGAGAUAACGGACGCGCGCGAAACUCUGGGCAAGACGAAGGCCGGUUUGCAGAUGAGCGAAACUCCGGGCGACGUGUAUAGUCUGCACUCGCAGCUCGUUCUAGAGAAACAGCGGUUGCAAUCCAAGUAUCAGGAAAUGAUGCUGCAGUGCCAGCUGGACGAUCUCAUCGGUAAUUCUGGCGUGAUUUUCGACUUUGCCCUGCUGAAGCAAGCACUGGCAGGCAUUCAUACGGGGGAUCCGAUCGUUCCCCAAGGAGUGGGCAAUGGCGGUCGCCUAGCGAAUCACUUGGCAGCCUCGCAGAACCCGAUACUAUUUCUUGCAAAUUAUUGCAUGUCGCAAUUGUACACGCGUCACGUUGUCAGCAAGCAACAGCAUAUGCAGAACGGUUCGAUGGAAUACCAUCAUUCGAAUAUGAUGCCGCCACCACAACAGGCGCCGCCGGGAUCCGUUCACGUUCAUCAGGGUCCACCACCGCCGCCACCGGGACCGAACCAGACUCCGCAGCAGCUUCUCAUUCCACCCGGUUCACCGUCCAUCAAACCUGUACCGCCCGCACCGCCCAACGCCAUGCUGCACCCACAACAGCAGUCGACAUUCAUGCCUGAUACGGUCGGUACCGGUGGCGCCGGUGGUGGCAGUCUAGUGACCGUCCACUCGUCCCCCCAACCGCCGUCCAACGCGAUAACGGCGACACUCACGCGGGGCCCAGCGAAUCCGUAUCCUCUGUACUACUUCAACAUCGAGGUAAACGGCUCACCGCACGGACGCAUCGUAAUUGAGGUGCGACCGGACGCAGCGCCGAAGAUGGCGAAAAACUUCAGCGUGUUGUCAACAGGGGAAGCCGGAGUCGGUUACAAGGGUUGCACGAUAUUCCAGUGCUGGGAGGGCGAGUCCGUGAUCACGGGCGAUUUUGAGCUUAACAACGGUCGCGGCGGACGAAGCAUAUACGAAGACGGUUAUUUCAUGCCGGACGACACCAAGUUCCCGGCGGUCAGGGGUGCGGUGGGAAUGAGACGGACGCAGAAGCGACACGACAACCUCGGCAUGGUCGGCUCACAGUUUCGCAUAAUACUGCAGGAGAUGCGUGGCUUCACCGGCAUUUUCGGCCACGUAAUCGAGGGAUUGGACCUGGUGGAGAAGAUAUCUACGUUCGGCGAUCAGACCGGCAAGCCUACCAAGAAUAUUCUAAUCACGAAGUGCGGUAAAUUGUAACGUUUAUGCUGUCGCUGUCGCGCGGUUUGUUGUAGCGUGGGGUAAACUCUCUGAGAGAGAGAGAGCAGUAUAUCCCGUAUAUACAUAUACAUAUUAUAUAACGCCGUAUACACGUUUUCCCGCUAUAGAUAACCGAAGGAAGGUCGCGACGAUUUUCCCGACUCGCGCGUUCGGCGAGAGAGAAACUUAUACGUAAGAAGAAAUACAAAAAGAAACGCGUUACACGUAAUUGCCCAACGAUGGGAGACGAUUAUUAUUAUAAUUAUUAUAUCCGCCGCGUAUAUUCACUCGGGGACACCGUCGCGAUACGUUUAUCCACGAAUCCUCGAACGCUCCGUACGAGUCACGCAACUUAAUUAACUAUUAACAAUAGUGUCUAAAGAUGUCGAAUCUAUUUUUAAAUCGUGAGCGCGUGCGAGAAAAAAAAAGAAAUAAAAAAAUCCAUAUUUUGCUAUUGACCGGGAAUCGAUAUGAGAUUCUGCUAACAAUAAUAAUGACGAUGAUCGAGAUACAUACACAUACACAUACGUACCUCAGAGAUCGACCGUGAUAUCGAUACGACUUCUCUAGCUGAUACGACGUAUUUGUUUUUAGGAAGAGAGAGGUCCAACGUUUAUUUUGGCUAUUAUCGGCGUUAACUCUGCUAAACUACGUUAUAGUUCUUAGAGCGCGUAUCGCGCGUCGGGCGUGAUAUAAUGGCGAAAAUACCGUGCGAUUCGCGGUAGACAGUUCUCUGCUCGGCUCCGCGUGCGCAGCUAAUGUUUUAGGUCGUAGAUAGAUGAAUAAAAGGAAAACAAACGUGUAGACCGGGGAAUUUAAGUAUAGCAAACUAUAUCGGGAACUAAUCGAACCGCGUAUCACGUUUAUGCGUAUAUACUUUUGAAAGCGAGGUGAUGAUGAAACCUGCGCGCGAACGGAUGUUUGACCCUUUCGAGUUUUUUGUUUUUUUUUGUGGGCGAGCAAUCGUAGGUGGGCAUCUUCGCGACUUCAUGCUAAAAGUCGCGACUCGUAUGAUUCUAUACAAAACGCAAGGUUUGUUGUUUAGAAUCUUAGAUUCCGAAAAGAAGAAGUAAAAAUAUUGGUAUAGUUAAUCUCGUAGAAGGGCAAUUUGCGGUUCGUCAAACACGAUGUCGCGUAUCGUUCCGUUCCAGGGGCGCGAGGAAAAGAGCUAAAAGGGAACAGAAAAAAAAAAGAGAUAUUCAUCGCGCGCGCGUCUUGCGAAGAAGUCUUGUGAUUCGUCUUGUGAUUCUGCUGCACGAAUACUGGUGGCAAACUUGUUCCCUUUUCGUUCUUUCUAAACUAGCGAACCAUCGUGAAUUAUAUAUAUCUGUAUUUAAGAUUAGAUCUCAAUACGUCGCAAAUGUAUGCAAGGCCUAACUACUACUAUGUAGAUCGUAAGCCUCGUGUCGUCUAAUCGAAAAACGAACGAAGGAAAAAAAUGUGCGAAUAUAUAUAUAUAUACAUAUAUAUAUGUAUAUAUAUAUAUAUGUACAUUAAACAAAUCAUUCCUAUAUAUCGUACUACGAUAAUGUAAUUGCGUUAUAACUACUCGUCUGAAUUCUCGUAAUGAAGUCCCAUUAUGUAUCGUUAUAUAUACACUGUCACACGCGCGCGCGUGCGAGAGCGAACGCGUCUUUUUCUCUCUCUCUCUCUCUCUGUCUGUCUCUCUCUCUCUCUCUCUCUCUCUCCCCCUCUCGCGCGCGGACACGUGCGCGCGUAUUUCCACGCGCGUACAAGGCAAGGCACACUCACGCGUUACCGUAAUAGCAAAAAUUGCACGCCCUCGCGUCGUCGCGGAUAUGCCUUCUCGAAGAAAAGCCUCAUUCGAUGUUGAACUUGAAAGUUUUAACACUUGUUGAUUAGCUAAUAAAAAGAAACGCGUCUCUCGCGAUCGACAUUGCGAUUAUUGACGCAACGCGAAACGCGUCGCGUUGUGUGUCGUCUUUAGGAAUAAAUAUAACUCGCUCCUGUACAUGUACAAUAUUAUUAUAUACACGACGACCGUAAGCGGGGGUGGCUGUGUGUGUUCGAACGGAUGGAUGAAUGAACGAAUUCGCUUCCGAGCGAAGAAGACUCCGACAAAUUGUAACUCUUAGUACGUAAUCGUAGAGACGCAAUCGUGAGAAGAAAAAAAAGGACAUAUUGUACCGAAGCGACUAACGAUACAGGCCCACCUGUAUACAUACAUAUAUACAUACAUACAUAACAUACACACGUACACGGAUACCUCUAUGCGCGCGCGUAUAUAUAUAUACAAAUAUAUAAACUACAUAUAUUUUUAUGAACGUGAUGAGGUAACAACGCAUAGCUUAUAAUAUCGAUUCUAACGACCGACCGAUUUGUCUUGUCCCUCGCGUGCGAUUAAACGAUUGAACGGCUGUAAACAGUUGGACAAGUUCUUUCCUCUCAUCUUUCUACCUCGCUAUUUUGUUUUCUUCCUUAUAUCUCCUUUUUCUUACUUCCGUUCUAUCCCUUUCUCUCUUACCCUCCUUUCGAGAUAUAAUGAUCAUUGAGAAUGCGAAGAUCGUGGCUAUUUUUUUCAGGUUCGCGGUAAUUACACCGUAGAGAGCCGUCGUUUAAACGAAUUUUAUUAUUUCAUUAUACAUGUACGAAGUGAAUGUUUAUCGCCCCAACUUAAAUGUACUUUUAAUCGAUCGAUUUUGAGUUAUAAACUGUUCUCAUUUCA